AUGAUGAAGGUUUUACAAAAGUACGGCAAACAAUUUUAUGGUCUGACCCACAUUUAAAAAAAAUAAUUCAGAUCCACUUAAGUUUUGAAUAAAUAGAUUGAAAUCUUUAUUGAUGGAAAGCCUGCUAAAGUUGAUGAUUCCUAUACUAUUUUCUAAGCUUGCUACGAAAACGGAGUUAUUGUACCUCGUUUCUGCUAUCAUGAAAGAUUAUCCGUCGCCGGUAACUGCAGAAUGUGUUUAGUAGAAGUCGAAAACGUCCCCAAGCCAGUUGCAGCUUGCGCAUCUUAAGUUGUCCCUGGUAUGAAGAUUAAAACUAAGAGUGAAAAAACUAGAAUUCACAGAGGAAACGUUAUGGAAUUUUUAUUGGCUAACCAUCCUUUAGAUUGCCCCAUUUGCGAUUAAGGUGGUGAAUGUGAUUUAUAAGAUAUUUCUUCAGUAUAUGGUUAUGGUAUCAGUCGUUACAACGAAUACAAGCGUGCCGUUGAAGAUAAGAAUUACGGUCCUCUUGUCGCUACAUCUAUGAACAGAUGCAUUCACUGCACUCGUUGUGUUAGAUUCGCUACUUAAAUUGCUGGUGUUGAAGAUUUAGGUAAAACUGGUAGAGGUAAAGCUGCUGAAAUUGGUACUUAUGUUGAAAAGACUUUCAACACCGAAUUAUCAGGUAAUGUCGUUGAUGUUUGCCCUGUCGGUGCUCUUACUAAUGCUCCUUACGCCUUUACUUCAAGACCUUGGGAACUCAAGUCUUUCUACACUAGUGAUGUUUUCGAUACUUUGGGAAGUGCUAUCCAAGUUGAUACCAGAGGUCCUGAAAUCAUGAGAGUCUUACCUCGUAUCCAUGAAGAAAUUAACGAAGAAUGGAUUUCUGAUAAGACAAGACACGCCUUCGAUGGUUUAAAGAGAUAAAGAAUCAACAGCCCCAUGAAGAGAAGUAAAGAUGGUAAUUACGAAGACAUUUUCUGGGAAGAAGCCAUCUAAACUAUUUCUAAGAAGUGCCUAAACACUCCUAGUGAUUAAAUCGGUGCCAUUAUUGGUGAAUUCGCUGAUAUUGAAUCAAUUACUGCUCUUAAAGACUUCCUCAAUCGUCUUGAUGUUGAUAACUUUGAAGUCCGUCAACAUGGUAACUUAAAGGUCUCUCCUGACUUCAGAGCUAACUAUUUAAUGAACAGCAAAAUUACUGGUGUCGAAGAUGCUGACGUUUUACUUUUAGUUGGCUGCAACCCCAGAUACGAAGCUCCUGUUCUUAAUGCUCGUAUCCUUAAAUCUACUCGUAAAAAUCUUAAAGUGUUUAACAUUGGUACAAACUAAGAUUUGAACUACAAGAAUGUUCAUUUGGGUAACUCCACUAAGGUUUUGAAAGAAAUUGCUGAUGGUACUCAUCCUUUUGCUGAAAGACUUAAAAAGGCUAAGCUUCCUAUGAUUAUGGUUGGUGCUAGUGCCUUAGAAAGAGAAGACGGUGCUGAAUUAUACAACACCCUCAAGGUUAUUUCCAAUAAGACUGGUGUUAUUUCUGAAGAAAAGAGCUGGAACGGUUUCAAUAUUCUUCACAAGGAAAUGGGUAGAAUUAAUGCUUUAGAAUUAGGUAUUAACCCUACUUCAGUCAACAAGAAUGCUAAGUUAGUUUUCAUUUUGGGAGCUGAUAACAACUUGAGACCUGAAGACAUCCCUGCUGAUGCUUUUGUAGUUUAUUUCGGUACUCAUGGUGACGAAGGUGCUUACUAUGCUGAUAUCAUCCUUCCCACUGCUGCCUAUACUGAAAAGAAUGCCACUUGGGUCAACACUGAAGGUAGAGUUUAAUAAGGUAGACUCGUUGUCAUGCCUCCUGGUGAUGCCAGAGAAGACUGGUAAAUUAUUAGAGCUUUGUCUGAAGAAGCUGGUGUUCCUCUUCCUUAUGACAGUCUCGAAGAAUUAAGAUACAGAGUCGCUGAAUUGGCUCCUCAUUUAUUAAAAUAUGAUUAUAUUGAACCUACUAUUUUUGGUAAGGUUGCUCUCUCUGCUUAAUAAGGAGUUAAGACUACUCUUUCACCUACCCCUAUUACUGAUUAUAUUGAUAACUUCUAUAUGACUGAUGCUAUCUCAAGAGCCUCAGUUACUAUGGCAAAGUGCUCAACCGCUUUCAACCAUGAAAAAUUCAGCAACUUCAAAAAUCUCGCUAAAUGA